UAAGCAGCAAACUGCUCUCUUCCCGGACCAUGGCUUGACGGCCUGACAGGUGGUCCGAGUUGGUUAGUCCCCUUCUGGCCCAUCCUGCCAUUCUGCCAUGCUUCCUCCUUGUCCCUCCUGAGGAAUUGUCGCAUCGUCGAAUGGUCUCAUUCGCUGGAGGCUUUUUGUCAUCUCACAUCCCCCGACAUGCAGUCCUAACGAGCUCCGCCCUCGUUUCACCCGUCAACCGCCCGCGCUGUCCCCCGGUGCCAAAGGCCCGCCAUGUCGGCGGAUAGGCUUCCUUUGGCUGAACCAGCUGCUCUCGAUUCCUCCUCGGGGGUACGGGGUACCUCUUCUUCAGAAUCCGAUCAACAACAACAACAACGCACCCCCAGUGACCCCCCUCAUGUUCCCUUGAAAAUUAGACGACGAAGGCAUUUGCCCAUGUCGGAUGAUCAAUCCUCGAGGAAUCAGAUCUUUUAUUUUGUUGAUUCCAACUCCUCUUCCCGGGAAAAACGGGCCCAUGUGAUGCGUCAUCAUGUUCAGGAGAAACGGAGGCAGAGAAAGCCUUCCCACUCUCGGAAUGACGGCGACAAGAAGAGUAGUCGGCCUCUUCGAUAUUCCCCGUGGCCACAAAAAAGGCCAGAUGUGGACAAUAAUGAUGAUUACGAAACGUUCACUCCUCAGGAGGUUCCCAGCGAAACUCCAGUGAACGGUGAUUCUCUGGUCCCGUUUGGUCUUCCUCCUUUGCAAUCUCCCCCUCCUUCAGUCGACGAUCUCCAGUCUCCGUCACCCGUCACCCUUCUCGAUGCCUCCAGAAAAGACCCAUUCGACAGCCUGCCGAUCUGCUCUAGCGAUGACCUGGAGCUAGCCGAUUACUGGACUAACCGGCUGACUUAUUGGUCCGGCCAAAACAAGUAUAUGAAAGAUCUCGUCUUUAAAGCUGCCAUGGACCACCCAUUGUGCUUUCAAACUGUCAUUCUUACGUACUGCGCCCGCUGGAAAGCCCAGCUCUACGACCUGAAAGACAGUAAGGAAGCCGAGCAUCAUCUGGGAAAGGCCCUUGAAGGCAUCGAGGAAGCGAAAAAAGGAACGACGAGUGUUGAUGAAGACACUCUCGCAUUGGCACUUAGUGGCAUGGCACUACACGAGGAUCGGUUCGGUGACAAACAAGUCGCCCGGCGAUACGAAGACCAGGCCGUCCAAAUCCUCCGCUCUCGGUCCGGGCCACAGAGCACCGUCGAGGUCUUCAUGCAUUACGUGCAAUAUGUGAUGAUGCCGCCCCCGAUGGAGAUGGGCGAGGAUGGAAAGCAAUGGCUCAUCACCUUCCUUCGGGCGGCUGAGGGGCUGAUGCGCCAGCAUAGCACGGGCCCCUACUUGCUGUCUGUUCCCCAGCGACGCACCGCGUUCCAGAUGGACAGUCCCUUGUUUCCCUUGCUUUCCAGUGGCCCCCGGCCAUCACAGGUGCCACAGGAAGCGCGCAUGUACGUUGUACGCAAUGCGCCCACCCAGGAGAUCACUCGCACGGCGGCUUUGAUCUACAUCACGGCCGCGCUGUGGGAUCUCCAAGAAUCGGCAAGCAAGACGGGACGAUUCCUCAACCAUCUCCACCGACUGGUGCGCGACCACAAGCUGGACCGGUAUCCGGCGUGCGAGACGUUUAUCUGGCUGCUCUUGGAGGAAGGAUAUGGCUCGGACUUGAAGGAUCCGGAACGGGGCUGGUCGACGGGCGAGCUGUUGAAGAUGCACAAGCAGCUGCGCCCGGACCUUCAGUUCCAGUACAACGAGAUCCUGUUUAGCCUGCUCAUGCUUACCUCGCCGAUCCGCGGGAUCGACGCCCUGGAGGAGGAGUUGCUCGCGUCGUCCCCCUGAGACGAGAAAAUUUCGAGAUACCCCGUCGAUAUAGUUAGCCUGUUGUGUACCAUUUCGGGGCCGAUCGUACAGGACUUUAGGUACGAAUGAAAGAGAUUGUUUUGCGGCUAGCAGCAGCAUCGUACAUUGACCUGAGGUGGCUAGCUGUGCCCCGCAUGGUUGGUGUGACGCGAGUUGGUCUUCUAGAAUGACCUGUUCCAAGUGGCAGUUGACCGCUACGCUACGUACUUUCAUCGUCCGUCUUACCCAUUCAAGUCGCCGCGUAAGCCAACCAUUCGACCCCAUUCUAA